GCCGACGGAAAUCCUCCGCCUCGCGAAGAUGCUGCUGGACCUGUCGGAGGAGCACAAGGAGCACCUGGCGUUCUUGCCGCAAGUGGACAGCGCGGUGGUCGCCGAGUUCGGGCGGAUUGCGGUGGAGUUCCUGAGGCGAGGCUCGAACCCCAAGGUCUACGAAGGCGCCGCCCGAAAACUCAGUGUGAGCAGUGACACUGUCCAGCAUGGUGUGGAAGGAUUAACAUAUCUUCUCACUGAAAGCUCAAAGCUUAUGAUUUCUGAACUGGAUUUCCAAGACUCUGUUUUUGUUUUGGGAUUCUCUGAAGAAUUGAACAAAUUACUGCUUCAGCUUUAUCUGGACAACAGAAAAGAGAUAAGAACUAUUCUGAGUGAACUGUCACCAGACCUUCCAAGUUACCACAGCCUUGAAUGGCGACUGGAUGUACAGCUUGCAAGCAGAAGCCUCAGGCAACAGAUUAAACCAUCAGUGACUAUAAAGCUACACCUUAAUCAGAAUGGAGAUCACAACACCAAAGUUCUGCAGACAGACCCAGCCACUCUGCUUCAUUUGGUUCAACAAUUGGAACAAGCGUUGGAGGAAAUGAAAACAAACCACUGUAGGAGAGUUGUGCGGAAUAUCAAGUAGUUCCAGCUUUAAGGAUUUAUUCCCUUUGAAUCACUCAUGAAUCAAUGAUAUGCAGUGGUUAUUUUUCAAAAUUAAUCUUUUAUUAAUUGACAGUGAUACAUACAUACAGUUUCCAUGAAAUUUCUUUUCUUAAGACAAGAUAUUGAAGGCAUGAUCAAAAGCUAAAGUAAAGUUCCUUUCCUGGUGCUAAAUGUGGUCAGUUUCCUUAACAAAUUAAGAUGUAUUUUGUAUUUUAAAUGUAUAAGUAGAAUUCAAUCAGCUGGAAAUGAGUCUACACUGUUCAUACCUUUUGUGUAUGUGAAUGUCUUUUUUUGGUACUUCUUUUGAUUUGUUAACUUUAUGAUUUUCUUCUUUAUUGACCAAAAUUUGAAAAUAAAAUUCACAAUGUAAUA